CGGGGCCGCGGCUGGGGUUGGCGCAGGCGCACUGCUCCGGCCGGGCAGCAUGGCGGACCUAGCCCCUCAACCCGGCAAGCGAAAGCGCGAACAGGACGCCGAGGAGGCGGCCACGGACCAAGAGCAAGCGGGCGUCGGGAAUGGUACCUCCGCCCCGGUGCAGUUACCGUUCUCCGGCUUCAGAGUGGAAAAAGUGCUGAGGGAGUCCGCGAGGGACAAAAUCCUUUUCCUCCACGGGAAGGUGAAUGAAGCCUCUGGAGAUGGCGGUGGAGAGGAUGCCAUUGUGAUCCUGGAGAAGACACCGUUUCAGGUGGAGCAGGUAGCCCAGCUCCUGAUGGGUCGCCCUGAGCUCCAGUUGCAGUUCUCCAAUGAUAUCUACAGCACCUAUCACCUGUUUCCUCCACGGCAGCUGAGUGAUGUAAAGGCAACCGUGGUUUACCCGGCCACAGAGAAGCAUCUACAGAAGUACCUGCGCCAGGACCUCCGCCUGGUCCAAGAGACGGGAAGCGAUUACAAGAACAUCACCUUACCCUACCUGGAAUCCCAGAGCCUCAGCAUCCAGUGGGUGUACAACAUUCUCGAUAAGAAGGCAGAAACCGACCGGAUUGUUUUUGAGAACCCAGAUCCCUCCGAUGGCUUUGUCCUCAUCCCCGAUCUCAAGUGGAACCAACAGCAGCUCGAUGACCUGUACCUGAUUGCCAUCUGCCAUCGCCGGGGCAUCAGAUCGCUUCGGGACCUUACUCCAGAGCACCUGCCGCUGCUCAGGAACAUCCUCCGGGAGGGCCAGAACCCCAUAUCCUGUCUCCCCCGAGAAAACUUCCUGAGCAAGAUCCAGUGUCCCUUGACCCCACCUUAACCAGCAAGCAAAGGCCAGCGCCUCUGGCAGCAUGAUCCAUCUGUCCUGCAUGUGCAAAGAAUGCCUCUGUGUCGUUCCCACCCCCCGCCCCCCUGCGUGUGUGAUGUGUCCCUGCCCUGCUGGAGCAGUGGUACAGGUCACCCUUCCCAGAAAAAUCCUGGACGCGGCCACAACUGGCUGUCAGCCCCCAGUACUUGGCCUACUAUCUCCUCUGCGUGGCCUGAGAAGGAAGGAAGCAUUUUGGAGGCAUGACUGCUAUUGUUCCUUGGCUCCUCUCAUUUUGCCCAAAAGUUUCCUCAUAGAGCAAAACUGCCGAGUGUCGUGGAUUUGUCAACAUUCCUUCCUGAAGCCGAGAAAACAUUCCGGAACAAGUUGGACAUGUAAGCUCCGCUCUGCAGUGUCUCUGUUGAACACAGAUCCCGGUACUGAGAAAUAAAUCAAGAAACAUUUAUGUACAAAGUAAUAUUUGAAACUGUUUCUCCUGUAAUACUUCCACCUCCAAAACAUUUUAGCCUGUCUCUUCCUGAAUACACUGGUGUAGGCCUGCCAAUUCUUCCUUCUCAGAAAGGGCAAAAAUCUUCAUUCCAAACAUGUUAAAUAAUGUCCCUUUUUAAAGAAGAUGGUAGUAAUGGAUCGUGAUUGUUUUUAAAAUAUCCUCACUCAGCAAAAUAAAUGUUGGCAACCCUGUG